UAGUGACAGUCGCAUACAGUAGCGAGGCGUUGAACGCUACAGUCCACAUACGGUAGUUCAUACGGCUAGCGCGCGCGAAGUUUGAUGUUCUGUCCCUAUCCCUUGUGCUUUAUUUCGGUUCUAUUCUGUCGCCGCAACAGCAAAUCUAAAAUUAGUAGUAGAGUGGUUUUAGUUCGUGUGCAGGAAACACCACGUGUCGGCGAUUUUUUAUGUCCACACCGGCUUACAUAUGCGAGAUCGUAAGAGCACCUUCACCAAGGAAUACAUAAACAACAUUUUCAACCCCUUGACAAGACCCACCAGACCGACGUCGAGGCCUGAUAUCCACAACUCCGCGCGUGUUGCCGAGGAGCCGCGCGUUACUCUGUCAGAUCCCUCUGAAGAACAAACUCCAAAGAUGUUAAUGCCAAGUACAGGAAUAACAGCCUCCACCGAGACUGAUGGCCUGGUCGGGGGCCUAGGAGGCCUUGGGGUACUAGGAGCCACUGGCACCCUAAACGGCAACGGUGUUCAAAAUAAAGACACGACGUGGACCAAACUUUUCGUUGGAGGACUACCCUAUCAUACUAGUGAUAAAUCACUUAGAGAUCAUUUUGCUGUUUACGGGGACAUCGAAGAGGCUGUAGUGAUUACUGAUAGACAAACUGGAAAAAGUAGAGGAUACGGAUUUGUGAUAAUGGGCGACAGGGCUUCAGCAGAAAGGGCAUGUAAAGAACCCAACCCCAUAAUUGACGGAAGAAAAGCGAAUGUAAAUUUAGCAAUAUUAGGAGCCAAACCAAGAGGAAAUGUCCCAGCUGAUUUUACCAAUCUUGUUGCAGGCUUUCCAUUCUCCAGCGUCCGUGCAGGGGCGUACCAGACCCUCCUCCCCAGCCAGUAUGGAGUUCCACCAGGCUACGUCUACCCAUCACCAUAUUUGGCAGCAACAGCACCUGGCAGCUUAGUUCCUCUACAAGCUACGCAACUGACGCACGCCGCAGCCGUUGCAGCAGCUGCAACCUCGCAGUUCUACGAGUACCAGAAUGCGGCAGCAGUAGCAGCAGCUGCGGCUGCUCCGUACACCGGCCAGUACACUAACGGAUUUGACGCUUAUACUCCAUACACUGGAGCUGCAGGUGCUGCGAGUUACAUGCCUUACACAUACGCCGCUCUGCCUCAGACGCCUGGACUGCCCACAGCAACCGCUGGGGCUUUUCCGGGAAUUCCGUAUCAGACUGCAGCUCAGGCUCAGUCCCUGCAGGAAGCUAGACUACAGUAAUGACGGUGUUGCAUACAAUAAUGCUGCAGUUACUUUAGUUACUUAAUAUAAUCAGUGAGAAAAAAAUACUUAAUGAGGAUUGAUAUCAAAAUUCAAAAUUUUAAAAACCACUUUGCAUCAUUAACCUAGAUUGACGUUAUAAAAAUUAUUUGUUCUUAUGUUUUAUAAGAAAAAAAUUUUAUUUUUUGAUAUUUAUGUAGAUCUGUUAAAGACUGUACCAAGACUCAUGACAAUGGGUACGAGGUGCAAUUAUUUAAACCUAAUUUAUUUUUUAGUAAGAUAAUUCCAGAUUUAGUUAUGAAUUAUAAAGAAGCAGAAUCACAUAAAGGCACUAAUAUAAAAUGUAUCAUUAUUUAUAAAUCCACAAGGAAUCUACGUUCAUGUAGUUGGCUGUAUACCAUGUAUUAAAAAUUUAAUUAAAAAUCCUUUGUAAUAGGUAUAUAUUUACGGCCCAAACGGGCUAGGUUAAAAAGACAAAACGUUUUCGGAAACCAUGUUCCAUCAUCAGUGUCUAGGAGUACAUGAAUGUAGC